AUGACACAACCUGCUAUGGUAUGCCCCGGAUACAGUGGCGCGGCUGCAGUCACGUAUGCUCCAUUAGCGGCGCCUGAGAAUGCUCCUAGCCAGGCUCAAGAUGAAGUCGAAGUCGCGAAAAAGGGAAGUUCUCUGUGGGCCCGGCUGGGGAUUACUCAAAUCCUUAUUUUAUGUCUCGGCUCGAUCAUACUCGUCAUAGCAGUCCUACCUUUGGCCUGGCUUUGGGUGGAGUCCAUGGCAGCAGCUGUAGGACGAGAACCAAGCAGCGCUUGGGUCUCAGUUAUUGAAAAAAACUGGACCACGCGGAUUGUCACCAUCUGCACAGCCAUUGUACGAGCGGUGGUCACGGCCCAGGCUAGCGUGGCGACCGCGAUGUUUGCGGGCAUUAUUCUGGAGCGCGUCGGCUCUCCACUGGUGGACGGGCCAUUCUAUUCCACUGUGCGGGCUCUAAGUGGGAGCCCGAUUAACUUGCUAUGGACCCCGAAUCUGCCGUUACACAGAACCGGCCUCUCGGUCUUGGUCGUGAUCCUUAUUGUCCUUGAAGUCCUGGUGACCAUAGCUGUGCAGUUCCUUUCCACUCUGCUCGUGGCCGACUUUGGGAAUGGCGCAUUCACACAUACCAGCAACGUAACGAAUAUCCGACUGUUAAAUUAUACCAGAGAUCCUUUCCUUGGUCCGUGGUGGUCGAUGCCUCCGUCGGCCGGUUGGGCGUUCGCCGAGCAAUUAGAACCGCCUAUAGCUGGGCCCAAGUACGACGAUACAGGUCACACAUACCGCGCCUUCCUACCCUAUCUAGAGGCGGCACAACGGAAAUCAUUACGCCAUUUCCGGGGCCCAGUCCCAAUAAGCGAUCAACGGGUUGUCUGUGUGCAACCUACAAUACGUGACCUUCGCCUCGACACGGCCAGCCUAACUUUCCCACGUCUCUCCGGACAGAUUGCUAUCGCUAACGGCACAUACCCGAUGCUGCGGAACACGGAGAGUCAGCCCUACCUCCCAUUCACGUGUGCGUUGGCUACCUCGAUGUCGAUACCUAACCAGGAGCAAGGACUAACGAGCUUAUGUUGGCCGGAUUAUGGCAUGGAGUGGAAGGUCUUCGUCGAAGACCCUCUAGUGACACUCGGACCUAUCGCCUACAAUAACAGCAUGAUUAUCGGCUAUCUGCAGGCAUGCACAAUGUUUAUGUUAUUGGACGUCGUCUCCUCGGCGGGUGUCCCCAACAACGGGACAGAGGAGGUCCGCGUCCUCGGGAAUAACGACACCAAUAGUAGUCCCUGGGUAAUGGUCGGAAACGGAACCGAUCACCCUACGGUUCGGGUGACGACCUGUAUAGGAAAUCUCGGAGUGGAUACGUUCACCGCAGAAAUACACAGCAACUGGGAGGGAUCGGAGCCCACUAUGUCCUGGAACCAACCCAUGCAGCGCUACGACACCGAAAGUAUGCGUACCCAGCUGGGUGCAGUCCGGCCCCGACAGCCACUAAACCACCGGGGCGUGCUCGCUCUCGGCCCCCGCUCGGAUUGGCAACCCUUGUUCCCCGAUCCAGUGAUCCCCGCUUCCAUUUUGAAUGUCUCCGAUACAAACCCGGUCAGAUCUCAAUCUCUGGGCGCUUCCAAUGCAUGGAACGUCAAGGGAGCCCUUGCUCAGAUCUUAAUAAGAAUGCAGAAUGAGGGCACAAUAAUGGCUGACCCGGGUAUUAUACUGACCCGGGACGCGCCCCCCGGUAUCUACAUCGCGCAUGAGGCGUAUACCAGUCUUUUCCAGGACACGUUAGAGCAGACGAAAAGCCCUGCUGUGGCCCUGCAGGCGCUCCUCACGCUUUUCACCCAGAUGGUCUAUUACGAUAGGCUGCUGCGAAUCAAUGGAACCGAUCGCGCCGAGACUGCCUUCUCGCACACGGCGCUGAUUCCAACUCGAUGGACAGGGUUUGGGGUAGGGAUGGGGUUGUUAUUAAGUCACUGGGUGGUGAUGGCCAUUGUUGUGGGGCUGUUUGCGCGAUACACGUGCCAUUCUUUGUUAGGGAAUCACUGGCAAGCGGUUUCACAGGUGUACUCGAAGGACACUGUGGCGGUUCUGGAGAUGGCGGAUCAGAUGAAGGAUCAAGGGGUCGAGGGUUGGGUCAAGCGCAAAGAGCGUGGGGAAGAGCUCUAUAGUGUUGCGCUUGAUGAAGGGGAGGGAGGACGGGUGGCGCUGACAGUUAAACAUUCAGAUUAG